AUGAGAUGUCCAACAAAUUCUACAACUUGCUGUACAGGUGAAUGGCAGCAGAAUGAACUUGCCUGUAUUUAUUGAAAAGAAGAUCAGUAUUCAAAGCAGUGGUGGUUAUGUUCUCUUGGAAACUGACUUCGGACUGUGGGUGAGAUAUGAUGGAAAUCACUAUGCAGAAGUCUCUGUGCCCUCUAAUUACCGUGGUCUGCUCUGUGGCCUCUGUGGUAAUUAUAAUGGUGAUCCAAAUGAUGACAACAUAAAGCCCAAUGGUGACACUGCAAGUGGCUCCACUGAUCUUGGACAAAGCUGGCUUGUGCCUGAGAAUAACGCCAUGUAUGUAUAUUAAUUUAAUCACAUGGCAUUUGCUAAUCAAACUCUAUAAAAUCAAACAUCCAUCCACUCACUGGCUUUGUCAUCCGGUACCAUUUUACAUCUUCCAACUGUCCAUUAGAAGUAGGGAGCUGUCCCUUUACAUUAAACAGGGAAUGAGAAGAGGGCUUGUGUCCUUUAAGUCUUGUUUUCCAAAGCAGGAACUGUCUGCUGAGUGUGAGGGGGGAUGGGACUUCAGUCCAUUUCCCUGAUCGGAAACUGUAACUGAUUGGAUCCCACAGCUCUUUUUUCAGCUAAGAAUAGGCCUUUGAAUAGGGCACAAGGCAUCAAAAAGGGAGU